GGAGCCAAGUCCCGAGGAGGCGGUAGAGCCGCGAAGGGGAUGCUGGAGGCGCUGCUGUCCGGGGCCGCCGAGGGGCUGCUCCUCAUCCAGGAUUCAGUUGCUUGCGAAGGCCGCUCCCUGCUGAAGAGCUUCAUCACAGCUGCCGUCCAGCGGGCAGAGUCCAUCCACGUUCUCAGCUUUGACCUCCCAGAAUUGGAAUUUAAGGAUGGGCUGAGCACUGAAGUGACCUCCCAGAUAUUGUUCCACGACGCUUUCCCCGAUCCCCUGGGCUGGUCCGGGAAGGGCAACGGCCUGACCCUGCAGGUAUUCUCUGCUUCGGAAUUGGCGUCCCGCCUGGCUCCCACCUCACGGGGACCCAUCACGCUUGUGCUGGACUCCCUCAGCUGGCUGCUCCUCCGCCUUCCCUUUCCCUCUGUCUGCCAGGUGCUGGCACAGCUGCCCAGGAGAGCGAACGUGGCUGGGCUGAAAAUUGUCCGGAUUGUGGCCCUCGUCCACGGGGAUUUGCACCCGCCGGCCCAGCUGGAUGUACUGAAGACCCUGGCCUGCCUGGUGGUGGCCCUGCAGCCGGGACCAAGGAGCGGGUGGGGUGGGGAGGGGACUCCUCAAACCGCCGCCGUCCUCCAUAGGAAGAGGGGAAGCCAGCUUCUGGAGAAGACGGAGCUCUUCAGCAUCCUCCCCGGGUUCGGGUUCAAAUUCCUCGGCGAGCUGCCACCGAAAGGCGUUUCCAGAGAGGAUGAGGCAGAAGGACGGGAACUCACUGAAGUUGAUCCGACGGCCCGCCUGACUUUCAAUCUGCGUCUCACGGAGGCCGAGCGCCAAGCCAGGGAAUCGGUGCCUCUCCCGUACCACUUCAGCGCGGAAAAGAAAUCCUCUCUCCUGCAGACGUCGACGGAGGAAGGCAAAAUCUACUACGAACCAGAUGCCGCCGAUGAUUUUGACGAUGAAGAUCCUGACGACGAUUUGGACGUGUGAA